AUGAACUCCUCAAAUAUUCUUGUAAUCUUAACCAUGCUGUCAACGUGCUGUUUCAUUUGCUUAGCACAAAACACCCCUCACGACUACCUAGACGUGCACAAUAAGGCUCCCGCCGAGGUUGGUGUCCCACCACUCUGUUGGGACGACACCCUUGCAGCCUAUGCCAUGAACUAUUCUGAAUCAAAGAUCGAAAGUUGUGAAAUGGUGCACUCCGGUGGGCCUUAUGGCGAGAAUCUUGAGGAGGCUUCUGACCCUGAAAUGACGGCUACGGAUGCCGUGAAUUUUUGGCCGGAUGAUAAGAAAUACUAUAACAAUGCAACGAACUCGUGUGUUCAAGAUGAGUGUAGGCAUUAUACACAAGUUGUUUGGCAUGAUACUCUUCAUCUUGGUUGUGAUAAAGCACAUUGUACGAAAGGAUGGACGUUUAUCAUUUGUAGCUAUGAUCCACCAGGAAAUUAUGUAGGUGAUCGACCUUAA